AUGCAGGGUCUUGAGGAUGGUCCCGUCAAGACUCACCUGUUCCGGCUUGAACUAGAUUCACUAGAACAAGCCAUUUCCAUUGCGGAACAGGAAGACUUCAGUCUGAGACAGGCUCGCACCAGCUCGACAUCGUAUCGUCAACCGAGACGAUAUGACAGCGGAGGUCCAGAGCCGAUGGAACUCUGUUAUGUAGAGAGCGAGAAGGCUCGCUCUACAGGCUACAAGAAGUUGCAGAAAUGCAACAGAUGUCAGAAUACAGGACACUACGUUUACGAGUGUAGUGCCCCUCGUCCAGUGUUUCGCAACACUGGGCGUAGUGACCGUCCAUUCAUGAGAAAGGGGCAGGGACGCGGAUCCGCUGUUGGUGUAAAGACGCAACAACGGGAUGGACCGUCAAAAAACGGACAGGAUCAGUAG